UGUGCUAUCAAACGCCUUUAAAUGCCACUCUGGAUGCUUUUUAUUGUGGUGGGAAAGAAAUCAAGUGCAAAUGUACAUGGAGACCGGCGUGGUUCACAUCCACCGAGGAGGCGGUGCCGAGGACAGGUGUCCCUGGGAAGUGGAGGGGGAGGCGGCGACAGCCGGAGGGUGCACCUGGCCGACCUCCACCGCCUCGGCCUUGGAUGCCCUCAACGGAACGUGGGAGACCGAAACCGAUGAUGCUGAGCCCAUGUCUCCAAUCAUCCCAGUCAUUGUGGCAGUGUACUCACUGGUGUUCGUGGUUGGCCUGGUGGGAAACUGUCUGGUCAUGUACGUCAUCAUCAGGUACACAAAGAUGAAGACGGCAACUAACAUCUACAUUCUCAACCUGGCGGUUGCCGAUGCUCUCGUUACAAGCACCAUGCCCUUUCAGAGCACUGACUACCUGCUCAGUUCGUGGCCGUUUGGCGAGGUGGCGUGCAAGGUGUUCAUCUCCAUAGACUACUACAACAUGUUCACCAGCAUCUUCACGCUCACAAUGAUGAGCGUGGACCGCUACAUUGCUGUGUGUCACCCAGUCAAGGCCCUCGACUUCCGUACGCCUGUCAAGGCCAAGGUUAUUAAUGUUCUUAUUUGGGCACUGUCGUCUGCUGCUGGCGUGCCCGCCAUGAUCCUGGGCGGCACCAAGACCAACAAUGGGACAACCGAAUGCGCACUCCAGUUCCCAGAGCCGUACAUUUAUUGGGACACGCUGAUGAAAAUCUGUGUGUUUAUCUUCGCCUUUGUGAUUCCCGUCAUCAUCAUCAGUGUGUGCUACACGCUGAUGAUUCUGCGUCUCAAGAGUGUCCGUCUGUUGUCCGGCUCGCGCGAGAAGGACCGCAACCUGCGGCGCAUUGCCCGUCUGGUGUUAGUGGUGGUGGCCGUCUUCGUGGUGUGCUGGACCCCCAUCCACAUCUUCAUCCUAGUCAAGGCCCUGUCGAACAAUGUACCUGAAACCACACCCAUCAUGGCUGCCUACUUCUUCUGCGUGGCGCUGGGGUACACCAACAGCAGUCUUAACCCCAUCCUUUACGCAUUCUUAGACGAGAACUUUAAGAGAUGUUUCCGGGACUUCUGCUGUCCGGGCGUCAGGAGGGACUGCCAAGGGGUAAGUCGGGUCAGGAGCACUCUGAGGGACCACUCCUGCCCCCCAGACAACCGCGGGGACUCUAGGCAAGCCAGGCCCGUAUGACUAGCUAUGGACGUGUCCUCCACGCCAGGUUUCGAUGACUCCAAUGAGUUGUGCUUAACGCAAGUCACCACUGCUGUCUGAACCUUCCCGUUGCGGAUUGCAACCCAUCAAGCCCCACUACUUGUGCAUGGCGUCACAGACUGUGACAUCACCACAGUGGUCCACAAACAGUGAUAUCAACCAUGUGUUGAGAACCAUUGUCAUUCACAAACUGAUAUCAAGGAUGGUGAUGCCCAAAUUUUGCAGGCACCAUGUACGUCCCUUGUCUUGACAUCAUGGUGGUCCGCCAAAUGUGUUAUCAACGUUCCACAACUUUUCAUUUCACCUUGGUGGUCAACUUGUACAGUAAUGAGACCAUGGUGGAUCACCACUUUGAUGGUGAUCAACUUGAGGUGUCACCAGAGUUUCACCGGUUGUAGGCAGGCUUGUAUGAGGGGGCAGUCAGAAAUGUGUGGUAGGCAUCAUAUGUACACAUCAUGCUCUAGCACCCCCACCCACAGUUCUUAUAGUUACAGCGUUUUCUUCAUUGAAUUGUUGUUGUUAGCUGUGUCCAAACCCAACCUAGAGAAGUGGAUCGCAUUUGGUCAGGCCUCUACCUUCAGACCUGUCCAACUUGGGUGUCCCACCUGAGGACUAGGCUUCUGCUGG